GUAUUAAACUACAAUACAUUUGUUAAUUAUUUUUCAUGAACUCCUAAAAUUUAAAAUAACUGGACGUUACUGUCAAUUGUCACUAGUUGUUGAACGUUCACAAGAUAUGUCAUGAUUGUGACGUCUUCAUAUGUUCUUUUUAAAAAUAUUUAUCAUAAAAAGAUGACAUUGACAAGAUAUUCCACUAUCGCAAUGCGAAUGAAGCCCUAGUUUAAAAAAAUCAUUCAUCUAUUGUUCUGAUCUUCGAUGGGAUAUUGGAUGAAAAUGGAACGACCUUUCAUCCUAUAAAUAUAUACAUAGCCAAUCUCUCCUCGCUCUACUUUUCUACCAUUUGUUUCAUUAUCAAACCGCCUCUCGCUGACUUGAAUGUAUGUUUCUCCAUCUUCGAUUCCUCUUACCUCACUCAUCAUCCUCCACAUUCUUAUACCCUCUCCAUAUAUUCUAGACAGUUCGAUCAUAAUUUUCCUCUUGUAUACCCAUUGUCACAGUAUCCUUUAAUAACUGGCUAAUCUUAAAUCCAACCCUUUGUGCAAGCGAACCGCCACAUCGUUGCAGACUGGAUCUGGAUUUUUAAUUCGAUCCACUUAAUCCUAAGACAACUCCAGUUACCUCUGAGUGCAUGCCUCCUGUUUAAAGUCACCACAUGUUUAUACCUUUUAUAAAUUUCGAACAAUAGUCAAAUUGGCGGAUGUUAAAAAUUACUCGUUAUUUUUCACAGGCGUCUUGCUAUUAUUUCCAUAUUCUUAAGUCAUGAACAUCAUCCGAUAUAAAUAAUUGCAUCGUUGCAAGUAGCUCCUUCUACAACUAUUACAUCGUCCUAUUUUAUUAUUCUACUGGUAUUGCAUCUACUGCCCAAUAUUUUAUUUCUUAUACAGCUCUACAGAACCCUAAAUUCAUAUAUGCUUUUGCUUUUACUAAUUCCAUAUAACAUUUGUUCACCAUCAUAUUCUAGUCUAGAGACUUUUAAUUAGAUACUUUAUUUUACUUUAAAUAAACCUAGCUGUGUAUUCGUUAAAUUUUGAGAAGUCUUAGUAUACCCUACAUAUUACUUCCAUGUUCUGGUUUUUCUUUUAAAAUUUUCUCAUAAAUACAAAUUUUAAAAUUGUGUUAAAACCUCAUAUACUAAAAUAAUGCAUGAAUAUAAAAAUGUAAUAUUUAAAGAGAGACUUUAACGAGUUUGCCAUGUUCAAAUAUUCUCAUCGAACUGCUUUUUAGCACUUGUCAUUUGAAUAGAAUAAUUUCGCUACCUAAUACUAGAUGUCACUUAUCAGAUCCCAAAAAAUAAAUUACAAGAUAUAAAUGAAUCUAAAAAAUGUGUAACUUGAAUGGAAUAUUUUCUCGUUUUCUGUAUAACUGUCAAAUGUCAAAAGCUAUCUGACAUAAAACGAAUUUAUGCUGAAAGUUGUCAUCAAACAAGUAAAUGAUAAAGUUUGUAAUAAAAAAAAGAGAAUAAUUGUUUAAAAUGAUCGGAGUAAGAUUAAACUCAUUCAGCGACAAUUCAGGGGAACCUGAACAGGACGCUAAUUCUGCUUUAACAGAGUUGGAUAAAGGUCUAAGGUCUGGUAAAGUCGGAGAACAAUGUGAAGCUAUAGUCCGUUUUCCUCGUUUAUUUGAAAAGUACCCGUUUCCUAUAUUAAUUAAUUCAUCAUUUUUAAAAUUGGCGGACGUGUUUCGUAUGGGUAACAACUUUUUACGGCUCUGGGUUUUACGCGUGUGUCAACAGAGUGAGAAGCAUUUGGAUAAGAUAUUAAAUGUGGAUGAGUUUUUGAGGCGGGUUUACAGCGUGUUGCAUUCAAACGACCCUGUGGCGCGAGCGUUGGCGCUGAGGACUUUGGGUGCAGUGGCGGGAAUAAUUCCCGAGCGUCAGAACGUCCAUCAUGCAAUCCGCAGAGGUCUAGAGAGCCACGAUAAUGUAGAAGUUGAUGCCGCUAUUUAUGCUACUACAAGAUUUGCUGCACAUUCAAAUUCAUUCGCAGUGGCCAUGUGCAAUAAGCUGUCGGACAUGGUCGAGUGCGAGAGUACGGGGGUUGAACGGAGAGCAAAACUCGUCAGGGCCUUACGGACAGUACAUGGCGGAGCGGUUCGUGCUCAAGGUGUCCUAAAGCUGCUAAGGUCCCUGCUGGAGAGAUUCCCUUCAUCGAGCUCAGUCCGAGCUGCAAUCACAGCUCUCACUGCCAUCGCUGCGGAUACUGUAGUGCAUGUACCCGAUCAGGUGGAGCUUCUGCUUAAACUGGCCGUUAACGACGCUCGGUCGGCUGUUCGCCGCGCUGCGCUAGUGGGUCUUCGUAAACUGGCUGAGCAUGCUGCGCUAUGGCCCACUGACUGUAUCCAAGACCUGGUGCACGCGGCUUCAGAGAUGCAGGACGAUGAGCAUAGCAUGCUCUGCUUACAGGUCAUGCAGAUCCUGGUCCGUUGCCCGGCGGUGUGCGCGGCGGCCGGGCCCGAGGCGUCUCUCCGGCGCCACUGCAGCGCUGCAGCGCUCAGCGUCAACAUGAAGCUAGCUGCAAUCGCUGCAGACGUACUCACAAGAAUCGUAGCCCACUGCUACGAGGAGAAUCUCCCGGUCGAAGGUUCGGAGCUGAUGCUGGCCCUGGAGUCGCUGGUGAUCGCCACCGGCAUGGACAACGGACAGAAUAAUAUACGACCCCUGCGGAUAGCGCUCAGAUGUCUGGUACAAUUGAGUUCCUCCGCCCCUCACCUGUACGCGAGUCGAACCGCUGGUGUUUUGGGGUCCGCCGCCCAGAGCUCCGUGGGUCCGCGACAGGCUGCACUACUCGAAGGCCUGGCUGCGCUCGGGGCCCUGGGGGCCUCCGCCGCACCCUAUCUCAUACCCGCCCUAGAGAGAGCCAAGGAGGACUGCAAGGACCCGACCUACGACGGCACCACUCUUGUGCUGAUCUGCACGGUGCUGCUGCAGGAGAGGGCGGUGGCAGCGCUGCGGUACAGAAUCCGGGGCUCGUGGGAGGAGAGGAUCAAGGAUGCCGUGAGGGGAGCCGACGGCUGGACCAGAUACAGGGUCGCCAGGACCGCGCUCAGGUACGGCCACCACCGCCUGGCGGGGGAGCUCCUGGAACAGCUGGCUACUCAAGCGCCGUCCGAGGCGGCGCAGCGCUGGCUCACAGCACUACACCGAGCGGCCGCAGCUGAUAGGCUGCUGGAAGAUGAAGGUGUCUCGGCGCUGGAGGAGGCGAGCGCCGGCUGGCAGUCGUUCGCCGUGGGCGCGGUGGGUGCGGGCGUGGGUGCGGGCGGGUGCGUGGGGUGCGCGGGGUGUGGGGCGUGCACGUCCCUGUGUGCGGCGUGGGCGGCGGCGCGGGCCCGCGGGCUGGCGGCGCUCGCCCGGGCCGCGGCCGCGGCGCGCGCCCUGUGCACUCAGCCGCCGCCCGCCAUCGCUAUGCAACAUGCUCAGGCCGCUCGCGACCCCGCGUCCAAGUCGGGCGCGUGCGCGGGCGCCCUCCGCCGGGCCUCGGCCGCGCUGUCCGCCGUCGCCAAGUCGUACGCCGCCCUCGCCAGGAUGUCGUUCUACGCCGACGACACCACGCUCAGAUUGCUCUACAUCUCCCAGCACACGUACGGCCUGAUGUCUCAGUUCCUGGAGCGCAUCACGUCCGGCCAGGAGUGGGAGGUGCGGCCGGUGAGCGCCCGCAGCCUGGAGGAGACGCUCGCUUUGGCGCCCGCCCACGCCCUGGCCGGGGUCGCCGCCCAGCUAUUCGACCACCCCGCCACCGGCGCCGGCAUCACUCACAGGCACGCGGAGGCCGUGGUGGCCGGGGUCCGAGCUCUGUGUCGGGGGAUCGUGUGGCCGAGGGCGGUCUGUGCGGGCGGGGCGGGCGGGGCGCCCUGCCGCGUGUCGCUGUCCCCUGCGCCGCGAGCGCCCCCCGCCGACCACGCCGCCGCCCUCCCCCUGGCGCACCGCCUGGCCGUUAAGCUGGAGGGCGUUUUGCUGCCGCCGCCGGGCAAGAUGAAGAACAAGCGGCAAGUUAAAGGAGUCCAGAUCACUGUGACCGCGACUCCACAUCCGCGGACCAACGAGAAGACGGUGGAGCUGACGAACGUACAGCCGACGCUGACGGCCGUGCAGACGGUGACGCCCGUGAGGGACUUCUUCUCCGCCCAGCAGCUGGUGAGCGUCCCGGCUCCCGGACUGUACACGGUCGCGGUGGAGGCGGCCUUCGUGGACGAGAAGGGCCAGCUGUGGCACACCGGGCCCAGGAGCUGCAUCGUCAUCAAGGCGCACGAGGACCCCGGCACCAAGGGGAACUCGCAGACCUCGAGGAGCAGGUUUUGAGAAUAUUCAAAGGAAGUUGAGCUUUUCUAAUAAUUCAAUUAAUUAAAAUAAAAAUUAAAAAUAUACUCGUUUUAAGUAAAUCGCA